UAGGGUUUCCUGUAACUAGCACUGGCUGGCAGUCGGUUGGAUUCACACUCUCUUUCCCCCUCCUAUCUCUAUGGUAACUGGUUGAUAUUUGACUGUCUAUUGACCUGCUGGUAGUGAAACACAGUUCCCUUGACCAAGUUUCCAGACCGACCUCUCGUUCACUCUUCAAUCUGUUCUCCCUACCGAGGCGAUGGUGCGGUGGUUGUCAGUGCUGCUGCUGCUGCUGCUGCUGCUGUGUACCAAGGCUGUCACCUCAGCGGAGCCAGAAUGCCACAACUUCACCAAGCUGCCGUUCACGGACACCAUCAUCGGAACGCCGCUGGUAGUGCGUCUGCUUCUGUACACGAGCAAGAACACCACGUGCGGCCAGCUGAUCAACGCCACCCACACCAGGCCGCUGGACGUCAAGAAGAAAACCAUCUUCGUCAUCCACGGCUACCGGCCGUUUGGCUCCCCCCCUAACUGGCUGGCGAUGGUGAUCGAGACCAUACUGGACGUGGACGAUGUCAACCUCAUCAUCGUCGACUGGAACCGAGGCGCCACCACCAUGGUUUACUCUGCCGCUGUCGCCAACACCAAGAAGGUGGCCGCCAUCUUGGAACCCGUGAUUCACAACAUUCUGCAUAACGGCGGCUCGCUGGACUUGAUCCAUAUGAUUGGCGUGAGUCUGGGCGCUCACAUAUCGGGUUUUGUCGGCAGCAGGUUCGAUGGGAAGAUCGGCCGGAUAACAGGUCUGGACCCGGCGGGACCGCUGUUCACAGGGAAAGGAGUGGACGACAGGCUGGAUCCGGCCGAUGCCCAGCUGGUCGACGUUCUCCACACGGACAUUGACGCUCUCGGCUACCGCGAGUUCCUGGGUCACAUCGAUUAUUAUGCGAAUGGAGGAGCUGACCAGCCCGGCUGCCCGGCGACCAUAUUGGGUGGGAAACGUUAUAUGGUGUGUGACCACCAGAGGUCAGUCUAUCUCUACGUCAACUCCAUGAACAUUUCCCGCAACAUCACUGUAUAUCCAUGUGGAUCCUACGCAGAAUUCCUGGAUGCCCGCUGCACACGGAGAGACGGCACCUAUCCCAUAUUUGGUUAUCACCUUGAGAAGUGGAGAAACAGCAGCAGCGUCAUGAAAUUUCCGAAUAAAGUCUUCUUUCAAACCUCCCCUGAUGAACCCUUCUACAUGUUUUAUUAUCUUCUGGACAUCGUUUCCUGGAACAAAAAUCCCCGGAAAGGCUACAUAACAAUUGGACUAACAGGAAGAGAUGGAACGGUGGUCAAGUCAGAAACUAAUCACCAUGGGAAAAGCUUUGAGCGGUUCCGUGAGACGACGCUCCUCGUCAGCGUGGACAAGGACCCGGGGGACGUGACCGGCAUCUCACUCACGUACAGCUCCUCCACCCUGGUGGAACACAAACUCACCCUGGGGCUGCUCCGCGUACGGCUGAGGUCACUGACCCACCCGCAGAGGCCUCACCUGUGCAGGUACGACGUGGCUCUGGAGAGGGAUGAGGAGGUGAGGGUGGAACUCUUCCCGUGCCAGCAGCAGGAGAUGUAGACACAGGCCGCUUCUCUGGGUUAUUUCUGCCUAAAGUACACAAUUUGCAUAAAACCAUCAAUUUUACAAAA